UUGAUUACCCAAGCGAUCUGGCUGUUGAUCUCGUUUACAAAAAACUUCCUUUCUUCCCUGUGCUUAAAAUCUGACACCAAAAAUGUCAUCAUCUUCUUCUCCAUUGAUCCAACGCCAUCCAACAUUCAAAUCACCCACCACAACCACACCCUCACCCUCCACUUCUUCACUAUCACUCCUCGAUUCCUUCUCAUCAGAUCCGAUUUUCUCCAAAUUCCUCACUCCCGAUUUCAACAAAACCCAAUUCUCCUCCGAAGCCCUCUCCUCCGGCACCGCCGCCGCACGUGCCGAAAAAAUCCAAGAAGGUAUCCAUCUUUUAGAAAAACAGCUCCGUUCUCAAGUCCUUUCUCGCCACACCGAUUUAUUAUCUCAAUUAUCUUCCGUAAAAGACGCCGAAUCCUCGCUUUUUUCGAUCCGGUCCGCCGUGUUAUCUCUGCAGUCGUCUGUUCGCAAUGUACGUUCCGAAUUAUCCGAUCCUCACCGUCAGAUUAGAUCUAAAACGGUACAGCUUUCUAAUUUGCAUUUUACUCUUGAUUUGUUACAACAUAGUUUACGCGUAAUUCGGUUGUCGAAAAAGCUUCGUGAUGUUAUGGUUGAGUUAGAUAAUGAUAAGUUAGAUCUUUCUAAAGGUGCACAGUUGCAUAGUGAGAUUUUAAGUUUGUGUAAUGAGUAUGAUUUGGCCGGAAUUUUGCCCGUUGAUGAGGAAUUGAGUUUUGUUUAUGAAUCGGGACAGAGGCUGCGAACGCAAGCGAUGAUGGUUUUAGAAAGGGGUCUUCAAGGGCUUAAUCAGGCGGAAGUUGGUGCGGGUUUACAGGUGUUUUAUAAUUUGGGUGAGUUGACAAGUACCGUGGACGGUUUGAUUAAUAAGUAUAAGAGUCAGGCUGUUAAGAGUGUGAGUGUUGCUUUGGAUAUGAAGACGAUAUCGUCUUCCUCGUCUUCUGGAAGUGGUGGUCCGGGAGGGAUACAAAGAAGUGGAACACCGCAGAUUGGUGGUGGGGCUAAGGCCAAGGAAGCGUUGUGGCAGAGGAUGGCUACGUGUAUGGAUCAGUUGCAUUCGGUUGUGGUUGCUGUUUGGCAUUUGCAGAGGGUUUUGUCUAAGAAAAGGGAUCCUUUUACUCAUGUCUUGUUGCUUGAUGAGGUUAUGCAGGAAGGUGACCCUAGUUUAACUGCUCGUGUUUGGGAGGCAAUUGUAAAAGCAUUUGGAAACCAAAUGAAAUCUACUUUCACAGCAUCAAGUUUUGUUAAAGAGAUUUUCACUGUUGGUUAUCCGAAACUUUUCAAAAUGAUUGAAAAUCUUGGUGUUAGAAUUUCACAGGACACAGAUGUGAAAGGGGUUUUACCUGCUAUAACAGUAGAAGGUAGAGAUCAAAUGCUUGCUGCCAUUGAGGUGUUCCAGACAGCUUUUUUGGCUCUAUGUUUGAGUCGCCUAUCAGACCUUGUAAACAAUGUAUUCCCUAUGUCAAAUCGUGGUAAUAUUCCCUCCAAAGAUGAUAUCAUGAAAAUUAUAUCACGCAUCCAAGAAGAAAUUGAAGCUGUUAAAUCUGAUGCACGGUUGACAUUUCUUGUUCUGCGUGAGAUCAGCAAAGUCUUGCUUUUGCUUGCUCAACGAGCCGAGUACCAGAUAUCAACGGGCCCUGAAGCCCGCCAAAUAUCCAGCCCCGCCACUCCAGCUCAACUCAGAAACUUCACACUCUGCCAGUGUUUGCAGGACAUCCAUGAAAGCAUAUCCGCUAUGACAAAGGGAUCAGAUGUUUUGUCCCCUUCACUUAACACCAUAUAUGAAGUUGCCUGUGAGUCGGUCACGUCCUUAUUCCAAUCCAUGGUUGGCCGUCUAGAGACAACCAUUCUCCAAAUCCACAACCAGAAUUUUGCACCGCUUGGUGCAGAUGCUGCAAUGGACAACAACGCAUCAUCCUACAUGGAAGAGUUACAAAAACACAUUUCCCAUUUUCGUAAAGAGAUUUUGUCAAAGCUAUUGCCUUCAUCGAAGGAUGCAUCAACCAGGCCUGAAACCAUUUGUGUGAGACUAGUCAGAAGCAUGGCUUCGCGUGUUCUAAUAUUCUUCAUUAGACAUGCGGCUUUAGUUAGGCCGUUAUCCGAGUCAGGGAAGCUCAGAAUGGCUCGAGAUAUGGCUGAGCUGGAAUUAGCUGUGGGUAACUUGUACCCGGUGGAACUACUUGGUGCACCAUACCGAGCCCUUCGUGCCUUACGCCCUGUUAUUUUUCUUGAAACAUCACAACUUGCUGCAUCACCUCUCCUUCAAGACUUGCCACCGAGUGUCAUACUUCACCAUCUUUAUUCUCGUGGACCCGAUGAGUUGCAGUCCCCGAUGCAGAGAAACAAACUUAGUCCAACACAAUAUUCACUGUGGCUUGAUUCUCAAGGCGAAGACCAGAUAUGGAGAGGGAUCAAAGCAACCCUUGAUGAUUAUGCAGUUCAAGUGAGAGCGAGAGGAGACAAGGAGUUUAGUCCUGUAUAUCCUCUUAUGUUGAGUAUUGGCUCGUCUAUAGUAGAAAAUAAUGUUGUUUCUAAGAAAUUAAACACGACAAAUUAAGUUUGGCUACUGGAUUUAUAAGGUCCAUUUUUAGUUAUUAUUUGGAUGUAAUUGUUUGGAUCAGGCUCCGUCUCAUGCUGUUGUAAUUUGUGUGGCUGCGUUUCUUAAGCCAUACUGAAGUUCUAGUGAUUGUAUAAGGUUUCAUUAUUUCACUUUUUAUACA